AUGCUCCAAACACCCCUUUCUCUUUCAAACUCGCACGUUCAACCACGUCCUCGCUUCUGUAUCUUCCGCCCUGGUGGUCAGCUUGCUCCAUUGAUCCCCGCCGAUGAAUUGCCAUCAUGGUUGCAUAUUGGCAACUUUGAGCCAGACCUGAACGCAGCUCUGCAGCCAGUCUCUCUCAGCUUCAUCCCGCGCGAGGGCGAAUACGACGUGAUCUGCCACAAUUGUUCCAGCAGCGUCGAUUCCUUGCAUCAAAGCAUGUCUGAGCGAAAUUCAGACUCGCAGUCCCCCCUCUCGCGGUCACCCCCGUCAGCCUCGAGCCAGACUAAAAGCUGCCCUGGGGCCUUCUUCACCCAGACUGCAGAAUGCGACGUUCAAGCAGUGAUUCAACCCAUCAACAUCCUGAGUCAGCCACCUAUCCAAGCAUCUGUUCAGAGUCCGUUCCUUGGUAUGUACAUGCUUCAAAUGCCAGCAAUCUCCUCCAAUGUGAUGCAGUCGGUCAUGCGAACACCUGCAGCCAUGGAGAAGGCCCGCGACAUUGCAAGCACAUGUUCCCAUAUCGGGUCUGAUCUGUUCGAGAAGACUUACCCUCGAGGUGAACACCAGUCCUCGGGAUCAGAUGCAGAUUCAGAGAGAUCGAAUCAGGCAUCUGACAAGACGAUUGUCCUUGAUGAAGCCAAAAGAGUCGACAGCCCAGACCCCCGAGUGGACCGUGUCUCCAGUUCCAACUCUCGAACCGGCUUUGAUGCUGCUGCUGAAAUGAAAUUGCACCUCCAGGAAUCGCUCGAGAAGGAUGAAGCUCACGAGACAAUGACAGUCGCCAAUGAGAGCAUCGCUUCUACCAGGUCCCUUACUGCAGCGGUCCUGCGUCUCGGGCAGCUUUUGGCCGAAGGCAAGAUUCGUCGACCAUCUAACUUUGAUCUCGGAAGGCUCCAUCGCACAAGCUUCAAGAAGGAUUCGGCAGCACGUCCAUCAAGUUUUCAUGUUCCUUCGAAGCGUGUUCGUGUUCGUCAUCGCCGUCGUCGUGCUGACAAGCCUAACAAGCCUGACACGUCCAAGCCGGUUGCACCAAAAGUCAACGAUGAGCCCCAACCUGAGCAACACAACUCCGAUCAGCCAAAUUCUGCCACCAAGAGAUGGCAGCGCCGGGAAAAGCUGAAUAGAGGCAAGAAGGAUACCGGAAGUCCAACUCGCUUUACCCACAUGACGGCUACCCCGAAUGGGCAUGAGUCCCCUCGCCGCUGA